AGCCUUUGGAGAUGGCUUGAGAGGAGGGGGUGGCUGAUCACCACUGGCAGAAAUGGUUCGGGAAGCAUCAUCUUAGCUGCCCCCAGUGCAGACCCUUUGCUGCUUUUGCGCUCGCUCUCUCUUUCACACACACACACACACACUCUCUCUAUCCCUUUGGAGAAACCCUUGCGGAUGGACUAGGGAUAGGAGAGGGAUCUGCCAUUCUGCCGACACGCUCCAGGCAACUGACAAAAUGUGCAUGGAAAAGAGAGCAAUAACCCCAGGUGGGGAAGACCUCGUUGAUCAUGGCCCUGGUGGGCGAGGAGUUCCCCGAAGAGGUGCCCUCGCGUGCAGAAGAGAUCACAAUUCCAGCGGAUGUCACUCCCGAGAAAGUCCCCACCCACAUUGUGGACUACUCAGAAUCAGAGCAGUCAGAUGAAGAGCUCCAAGAAGAGAUUUCCAAGGCAAACGUGGUCUGUAUGGUGUAUGACGUCACGAAGGAGGCCACCAUUGACAAGAUCCGGACGAAAUGGAUUCCAAUGGUGAACGGCAGUGCCGAGAAGUGCUCCAGGAUCCCCAUCAUCCUUGUGGGAAACAAGUCCGACUUGCAGACCGGCAGUUCUAUGGAGACCAUCUUGCCAAUCAUGAACCAGUUCUCUGAGAUUGAGACAUGUGUGGAGUGUUCAGCAAAGAACCUAAAGAACAUCUCGGAGCUGUUCUACUACGCCCAGAAGGCUGUUCUGCACCCAACAGCCCCUCUCUAUGACCCGGAGGAGAAACAGCUGAGGCCAGCGUGCGCACGGGCGCUGACUCGGAUUUUCAACAUGUCUGACCAGGAUAACAACCAGAUCUUGAGUGAUGAGGAACUGAACUAUUUCCAGAAGUCCUGCUUUGGGAACCCACUGGCCCCCCAGGCCCUGGAAGACGUGAAGAUGGUGGUCUGGAAGAACACGACAGACGGAGUCCAAGACAACGGCCUGACGCUGAACGGCUUCCUCUUCCUCAACACCCUCUUCAUCCAGAGGGGGCGCCACGAGACCACGUGGACCAUCCUGCGCCGCUUUGGCUACGACGACGCCUUGGAGCUGACGGAAGACUAUCUCUGCCCACUGAUCCGGGUGCCCCACGACUGCUCCACGGAGCUCAACCACUUCGGCUUCCAGUUCCUGCAGAGGAUGUUUGAGAAGCACGACAAGGACCGCGACGGAGCCCUCUCGCCCCUAGAGCUGCGCAGUUUCUUCAGCGUCUUCCCCUACGUCCCCUGGGGGCCCGAGCUCUACCACACGGUAUGCACCACUGAUAAAGGCCUGCUUUCCCUGCAUGGAUUCCUCUGCCAGUGGACGUUACUGGCCUACCUGGAUGUCCACCGCUGCCUGGAGCACCUCGGCUUCCUCGGCUACCCCAUCUUCUCGGAGCAGGACUCUCAGAUCCAGGCCAUCACAGUUACAAGGGAAAAACGGGUCGACCUCGAGAAGGGCCAGACGCAUCGGAAUGUCUUUCUGUGCAAGGUGGUCGGAUCUCGGGGUGUCGGCAAGUCUGCCUUCCUGCAGGCCUUCCUUGGGAAGAACCUGGCGGCCCAAAGUGAAUCCCAGGGGAAAGAGUCCUUCUAUACGAUUAACACCGUGCAAGUCAACGGGCAGGAGAAGCAUUUAAUACUACAGGAGAUCGAUGCGGAUUCAGAGUUUGUAUCGGCGUCCGAUGCAUCUUGUGAUGUUGUCUGCUUGCUGUAUGACGUGACAGACCACAAAUCUUUUAACUAUUGCGCUAGUAUUUAUAAGCAGCACUACAUGGACAGGCAGAUCCCCUGCCUCUUUGUGGCCGGCAAGGCGGACCUGCCGGAGACGACACCCCAGCACGGCCUCUCGCCAGCCGAGUUCUGCUACAAGCACCGCCUGCCGCCGCCGUUGCACUUCACCUGCAGCAGCCAGGGCCCCCCCAGCCCCGCUGUCUACGCCAGGCUGGCUACGGCUGCCACCUUCCCGCACCUGAACGACAUCGACCUGGGCGCCGCCUCCUUCUGGAUCCGGAUCGCCCUGGGAGCCACACUGGCCGCCGUCGUGGGAGUCACCCUCUACAAGGCGAUGGCGAAGAACAAGUAAAGAAGUGAGGGGGACCUCGACCCUGAUUUCUUCCGCUCGGCGGCAGAAAACCCGCUUCAUUCUCCCCAGGCAAGCCGAACGCCCGCAAGAAAGGGGGAAGCGGGGGGAACCAGACGGACCCCGCAAGGACUGACUCCUGCUUGCCCUCCCUCCCUCCCUCUCGCCGCGAGAGGAAAUCGACGACCCGCCGUAGCACCAGCAAGACGCAGGAAUAGCCCCAGAGUCAUCCAGCAGGCAUGGUCAAGGCUCACCUUCUCAUCUCCAUCUCCCCCAAGUAGGAAUCCCCACACUCAGGGAGCUCCCCCCGCCGUCAUCGCGGCAGGCAACUCGCAGGCCGCUCUGCCUCGAGGGGUCUUUCGAGGCUCUGCUUUGGCUCUUCGCCGCACCUGGAGGUCUCCAGACUCUUGCAGACUCCUUGCAGCUGAGCGACAAGAUGGCGGCCACUUCGUUUCGUUUUUCAGGAAGGCUUUCUUCCCAAGGGCGGCUGCAACUCCAGACGAUAGUCUGGGGGAAACAUGCCUGAGCGUUGGGUUGGAGGGGCUGCAGCAACAGGCUUCCCUUCCCGCCUGCCCCCCACCCCCCACUUUAGCGCCCUCCUCUGGAGUGAAGAGAUGGCUCUACGUUUCCACUUGGCAACACCGCAGCCCAAAGGCUUCUGGGAAGCCGUGGGGCUGUGUGUGUGGCAGGUUUGUUGGGCUGGCCCUUGUAGGUCGGCUUCUGUUUGGGCAUCGCUGAGAGAGGUUAGGGCAGGGCUGCUCCUGCAGAUGGUUGGACGACAACUCCCGUCAUCCCUGACUAUUGGCCGCUGUGGCGGGGGGGAUGAUGGGAGUUGUAGUCCCGGGGUGGCUGCGGGAGGGGGCGGAUUCUGCCGCUCUGGGCGAAGGAAACCUUUCAGGGCGCGUGGUAGAUUAAAAGAUGGGAGUGUUAACGCCUGGCCUCUGGGGUGCUCCCUCCCCUCGUGGUACCAGUAUUAUCGUAGAAUCCAGGGCUCCUCACUUGGUCCCCAGAUGUGGUUGGACUACAACUCCCGUCAUCCCCGGUCACGAUGGGGAUGAUGGGAGCUGUAGUCCAGCAGCACCUCGCGACCCAAGCCCAAGAGCCCAAGCCGCAAGAACCUGUUUGAUCUCGUUUACCUCUUUGCGUGGGUAUACCUGGCCUUGGCCGCCAUGGCAACGUGUAGGCCCCUCUCCUCGCUCUGGUUAUCUUGAGCAGGCUCGCUACUCGAUAUGGGGCGGAGAGUCAGACGCAGCCUCCCGAGGGACCGAAACAUGGUGGAGGGAGCGUGAGGCAGUUGCUAAGCAACCGCCCGCUGGCCCCUGUCCGAUGGGCUGCUGAUGGAGAAGACGCCAUUUUUGUGGCAGAAGAGCAAGCUGUGGGGAGAGGGUUACAUCUCCACCGCCCCACACACACACCCCAACUUACCAGGAUAUUCCUGAGCCACUGGUUAGGAUUUCAGCCUGCUAUUGGAAUUCUCCUUCUGCUGGCUUUGCUUCUGCGCCCUUAACAGCAGCCUGACCCGCGGACAUUUCAAGGCGAACAUUUCCCUCCGCGCCAGGAAACUCUUUCACCGGCUCAGCGUCACCAGUCGAGUAAAAACAGGGAGGUUGGUGCCCCAGGCAUCAGCGCGGUUGCCCGGGUAUCGUUGGGGGAACAGGGCCUCACCCUUGAGGGCCAAAUACAGCCUUUUAAAAUUUACCUUUCAUUUAAUUUUAAUUUUUUAAGAGAGUCGUUAAAUAGGAACACCGUAUGUGGAAUGCAGCUCAGAUUCAAUUGUUUUUUUAAACGCGGCUUUGACACAGACGUAAUACAUCGGUAUUCCUGCA